GGAAGCCUGCGCCCUACCUCCAGAUUCGUGAAAAAAAAAGACGCGAACUUAAAACGCUGCGAUCGCUUCACUUGUUGCAGUCGUCGUGCAUCGGCUGGCAUGUUCUCGGAGUCGCGGAGAAGAGUUUUUUCCUAGAAGACAUCGUUUACGUAUCGUUGGCACGCAUCGGCUGUCUCUACGCGGGAGACAAGACUUUGCAAGUUAUCGAACAGGUUACUCAAGAAGUCUAGGGGCAUAUACAGCCCUAAUUUACAAGGGCUCGCGAUGCUGUGGUUCCUGCUGCUGUUGGUGCCAUGGGCGGGCAUCGCUGCGCACUCCCAGGACCACAAACACACCCGGGAAACAGCUUCCCCAUCGCCGCUCCUCAGGCCGCACAUCCACUACUGCCGAUCCCCCAACAUGGAGACCUUCACCUGCUGGUGGCAUUUCCCUGGCAACGGUUCCCAGAGUGACCACAAUGUCACCUACACACUCACCUACACUGUGGGGAAGGGCCCCAAGAGGGAGUGUCCAGACUACGUAACAAGCGGGCCCAACAGCUGCUACUUCGACAGCCAGCACACACAGGUGUGGGAGGUGUACUGCAUGAAUGUAACGGCACGGACCAGCCAUGCCAAGUACACAUCUGAGGAGCACUGCCUUGACGUGGCUGAGAUUGUGGAGACAGACCCGCCUUUCAACUUGUCGUACUGGUUGAAGAACAGCACUGAGGAUGAGACUGGGCGCACGGCGGUGGUCUCCUGGCUCUACCCCAUCGCUGCAGACGUUCAGAUGGGAUGGGUCACGCUCGUCUACGAGCUGCAGUUCAGACGCAAGUCCGAGCCGCACAACUGGAAGGUGAAGGGGGUGCUGCGCGAGCCUCGGCUGGAGCUGCUGGACCUGCCAGUGGGGAGUUACGUGGUCAGGGUGCGCUGCAAGUCCCACUACGCUGGAGUGUGGAGCAAGUGGAGUGAACCCCUCACUAUCGAUGUUCCAUCCCCUCAGACGAUAGACAAGAUGCUGGCCGUGAUUCUGGUGUCGGGUGUCGGAGUUUUAUUUGUGCUCAUCAUCGGCUUCGGAGUCAUUCCCCAGGGCAAGAGGAUAAAGGCCUUCCUUCUGCCUCCGGUUCCCAAACCACAGAUCCGAGGCAUCGAUCCUAUGCUGCUGAAGAAUGGAAAGAUGGAUGAGAUAACUCGUCUCUUCAGCUCGUUCCACGGAUACAUGCCCCCGCAGUACAGUGCUGAGAGCUGGCUCCAUGUCAGUGUGGAUGAGGGUCUGCCCUUUGUCAGUGAGAAGGAGGUCAUGAAAGAGGAAGUGAAAGAAGCUACGCCCAGCACUGAGCUCCCUGUCUGCCCCAAGGACCAACUGCAGAUGCAAGCAGGCCAUGCCCCGUAUUGUGAGACCACACCCACAGAUCCCAAGGCUCCUCUCCCCAAUCUGCCAGUGGAAAGCCCCAACCCCAGCCCCAUAUACACAGAGCAUAUGACCCCCCUUAUUCAAGGCUACAGUGUGAUGCUGAACUCCACCCCAGUGCUGGCGCCGCCCCCCUGCCAGGACUUCUACACCUGCGUGAACGGGAUCAGCACGAGCGGAACCGUGCACCUGGUGCCCUGCCUGCCACUGGACCCCGCCCACUGUGGCCAAAAGGGCGUGGCUCCGAAGAACAGCCAGCCGGCUGUGACCGGCGUGAAAAAGGCAGAGCCAGCGGCGAGCGGGGUGUCAGCUAGCCCGGGGGGCGUGGCCAGAGCUGCGGCAGGGGGCGUGGGGGACAACUACACCACCCUGGAGGAUCUGAGCUUUCACAGGGAGGGGAGCGAGGGCAUAGCCUCAGCUCAGGGCAUGGUCUCCACAUACCAGCAGGAGGCGCUUCUGUGCUCAGAACACAAUGAACUGGCAGUGCCCUUACUACCAGCCACCACUAAGAGGGCCUAAACACAAACAUGCAGUGCACAUACACACACACACACAUUCUCACUCUCACACAGUAUACAUAUAAACAUACACACACAUACACCAUGUACAUAUACUCUGAUAACCCUGCAAGCAUAAGCACAUGCUACGCGAUGUGUAAAUAGACACAUGGUCUGUGAGGGGGCCCUGGUCCCAGGGACUGACUGCAGCGUACCUAGAGGAGGGUGUGUGUCUGCCUUUCCUUCUCUACCAAAUGACUGUGACACAGCACUGGCUGUGAUCUGACACUGGCAAGAGAUGCUGAUGCAACAUUACCGGAAUGUUCUUUGGACGUUAUUUUACCUAUGACAAUCAGAGACAAUCUCAUUCAUGGCCUUUGCAGACAAAGAUCCGGUCGCGGUUCUAGGCAGAUUUAAAAGUUUGGUUUAAACCAAACAGACGGUGAAAUUUAAACAAAUCUUCUGGAAUCAUGAAGUGAAACAGUGAAGAGAACCAUAGAAAUCCACAUGCUGUUGGGUGUGGAUCUGUGUUGUGAAUCUGACAGAGCAGGGGGUGGGACGGGGAGGGGCCUGAGCGA